CACCUGUUGUGCGUGCCACUUUUUUUUUAUAUUAGGGAUUCGUUCUUUUUCUUCUCCUCUGGGUGUACUCUACCGUGGGGACUCCAUGGUUGCUACCAUUCGACGGACACAGCAUGGGGCGUUGUCAACCCAUUCAAAGGGUGAAACGAGGGGGGAAUGUUGGCAUGGAGGUGAAACGUUUGCCCUCGUAUUUUGUCUCUUUCGGUUGCUGUUUGGUACGGGAUGCAAGUGUUUUUAGCAGGGACGUUAUGUAUCGGCAUUGAUUGGUGUCGUACACCGGCCACAGACUUUAUUUCGCUUUCGAGCACUUCCUUUUGGAAGUUAAACAUGCCAUCAAGGAAAUGACCACCCGUUCGAGAUAUAAC